AUGACGACGACGAGGAUGCGCGGUGGUGGUAGUGGUGGUGGUGGUGAUGGUGGUGGUGAUGAUGGUCGUCGUCGUCGUCUUCGAAGCGAACGAGGAGCGCGCGGCGUCGGGGUUGGGCGGGCGUUUUGUCCGUGGGUCGUGCUGAUGUGUUUGUUCUCCCCGGGAGGGAGGAUGGUAAACGUACCUUUGCCAAGGACGGUGGUUUCGUCAUCGUCGGCGGGUUGGUCGGCCUCCUGGGCGGCAUCGAGAGGGAUCGCGUGCGUUGAGGCGGUGAAGUUUAUGACGACGUAUCAUAACGAUACGAUUAUGGUGACGAGGAAUGGUCGCGAGAUUCACGUCAACGCGGACGAGGAGACGUUGAUCGUCGGAGACGUGCACGCGCACAACCAAGAGGAGAGGAGCGAAAUAAAAGGCUCCGUGGUGGUGCGAGAAGGUGGGCGGGUGGUUGUGAACGAUAUGGACGUGGAAGAUACCAUUGAUGGCCUUUCGGACGAGAUGGCGUCUUUGAGAGCGAUGGCGGCGGGGUUGCAGGCGACUUUGACGCCGCCGCCGGAACCGCCAACGGGUCCUCCGAGUCCUCCGCCGACGGGAAAUUUGGCGUCACCGCCACCGCCACCGCCACCGCCGCCGACGACAACGGUGCCGAUUGCCUCACCUCCACCGCCGAUGGAGCCUGUGGCAUCGGUGAAAGCGCUCACGGAUGCAACGUUCACGAAUGCGAUUACGGCGUGCUUGAGCGAAAGCGGCUGCGUUACUGGCGAAUGCCCGAAUUAUGGAAGUAGUUCGGGAUACGGAACGAUGCCAAACUGGGAUACGAGUCAGAUUACGAAUAUGAACGAGUAUCCUCUGUUUGGUACCUGUCAAGAAACGUUCAACGGGGACGUUUCGAAGUGGAACGUAUCGCAGGUGACGAACAUGUAUCAAAUGUUUCAAAACGCGAAGGCGUUUAAUCAAGAUAUCGGCAAAUGGGACGUGUCGGGGGUGACGCACAUGGGAAAUAUGUUUCACACGGCGAAAGUUUUUGACCAAGAAAUUGGUCGAUGGGACGUUUCACAGGUCUCAAAUAUGCAAUUCAUGUUUUGGGCGGCGUCCAAGUUUACCGGGAGUAUUACUCGAUGGAACGACGCGAAAGCGUAUCAGCAUUACAUAUUCUACCAAGCGACGGCGUUUUCGGAGAAGUUCGCGUGCGACAAUCAAUACAGUGGCCCCGUGCACUCUUGCGAGUGUAAAUCUAAGUUGUACUGUCUCACGGAUGCGAUGUUCUACGACGCCGUUCGCGAGUGUUUAGCCGAAGAUCCCGUCGCCGGUUUGUGCGAAAAAUAUGGAUCGAGGACUAUGAGAUUUGGAGUUAUGCCGAAAUGGAACACGCGUUGGGUGACAAACAUGAACGGUGAAAAUGAAACUACGUCGACUUUGAUUGGAUUUGCGGGAAAGGCGGAAUUCAACGGAGACUUGUCGAAUUGGGACACGUCGCGCGUCACGACCAUGCGCAAAAUGUUCUUCAAAGCUUCCGCUUUUGAUGGAGAUUUGAGUAGAUGGAACACGUCGCAAGUGACGACAACGCAGCGCAUGUUUGAGUACGCUUCUCGUUUCAAUGGCGAGAUUGGUAAUUGGGAUGUGAAGAAGUUAAAAUCGAUGGGAGCGAUGUUUUCUCGGGCGUAUUCGUUCAAUCGGGACGUGAGCGCGUGGGAUACGUCCAACGCGCUCGACAUGGCGUUUUUAUUUCGCGACGCGAUCUCUUUUAAUCGAGAUGAAUUCAUUUCAAAAUGGACCGGAAAAGCUACCAUUGUCGCUCAAACUGGAAUGUUUUCGGGGGCGACGGCGUUUCUGUCAAAGUACGGCUCGAUUUGUGGAGAAGACGGUCCUUUAAAGGCGUGCGCGCAAGUUCCGAUUGAAAAUGCGUGCAACGAAACAAUUUCUGGAACCGGGGGCGUCGAUUACGUUGGGUGUCAAGCGAAGACGAAAAAUGGGUACGCGUGCAUGAAUUGGAGCUCGGAAGACCCGCACGCGCACUCGUACACUUUGGUUGGCGACCACAACUUUUGCAGAAAUCCAGAUGAACAUACGAACAUUUGGUGCUAUACGACGGAUCCUUUGAAACGCUGGGACGAUUGCGAACCACUUCCACCGGAUAAUUAUGCCACUUUCAUGGACGCCAUUCAAAAGUGUCUUCAAGAAUCCCCCGUUGAGGGUCAGUGCGCGUCGUAUGGGCGUUCGACGAGUUACGGAGCGAUGCGUAUUUGGGACACGAGCAAAGUGACCAAGAUGCUCGACGCGUUUAAAGCGCAUCCGACGUUUAACGGCGAGAUUGGAUCAUGGAACACUUUGCAAGUCACAACCAUGGAAGGAAUGUUCCGCGAUAGUAUUGCGUUUGACCAAGACAUCGGUCAGUGGGAUACUGGAAGAGUCAUCACGAUGAGGGAGAUGUUUCGAAACGCGUCUGCGUUUAAUCAAAACAUUAGCGGAUGGAACACGGCGAACGUUCAAAACAUGGAAUCAAUGUUUGAAUCGGCAAACGCAUUUGAUCGCGAUAUAUCGAUGUGGCAAGGUUUGGGCGCGACUACGGUGCAACCAAACGUGUUCAUCAACGCGAAAGCUUUCGGAGAAAAGUUCAGCUGCGACAGAGAUGGACCGAUUAGCGCGUGCACGCGCGAGACGAUCCGACCGCCGCCGUCGCCGCCGUCGCCGCCGUCGCCGCCGUCGCCGCCGCCGCCCCCCGUCACUCCUAUCCCGGAUGCGAGUUGGCACGCCCUUGUCGCGGAGUGUUUGGCCGAAGAAGGGGCCGAAGUUACCGGCGAGUGCACUGAGUGGGCUUCCGGAAAUAAUUACGGGACGAUGCCAAAUUGGGAUACAAGUUUGGUGACGGAUAUGAGUGGAUCGGAUGGAACUGUGCUCAGAGGCUUUGGGGGUAAAAGUUCAUUCAAUGGUGACAUUACGGAAUGGGACACGUCGCAAGUAACAGAUAUGCAAUACAUGUUUAAUAGCGCUUCUGCGUUCAACCAAGACAUUUCGAGUUGGGAUGAUUCAAAAGCAUCCUCACGCGCAUACAUGUUUCUCGAAGCGACUGCUUUCCAGGCCAAGUUUAAGUGCACCGACGCCGUCACCGGUCCGGCGAGUUCGUGCGUAGGUCCCUCGCCAAUUCCAGACGCGAGCUGGCAUACUUUUGUCGGGCAGUGUUUGAUGUGGGAAGAAUCUAUCUAUGGUAUUGCGGAGACUGGAGAAUGUAUAGACUGGGCUCGAUCGAAAGACGUUUGGUACGGGACGAUGCCGAAUUGGGAUGUGAGUUUGGUGGAAGAUAUGAGUGGAUAUACUGGAAGUGCUUAUCAAGGCUUUGGCGAUAAAAGUUUAUUCGACGGCGAUAUUUCGAGGUGGAACACAGCACAAGUGACUAAUAUGGGACAUAUGUUUCGUAGUUGUUCUGCGUUCAACCAAGACAUUGGGAGUUGGAACACAGAAAAAGUGACUACUAUGUAUAGAAUGUUUCGUUCCGCUUCUGCGUUCAACCAAGACAUUGGGAGUUGGAACACAGCGCAAGUGACUACUAUGUAUAGAAUGUUUCGUUCCGCUUCUGCGUUCAACCAAGACAUUGGGAGUUGGAACACAGCGCAAGUGACUGAUAUGACAUAUAUGUUUUUUAAAGCUUCUGCGUUCAACCAAGACAUUGGGAGUUGGAACACAGCGCAAGUGACUGAUAUGAAUAGGAUGUUUUUUGAAGCUUCUGCGUUCAACCAAGACAUUGGAAAUUGGAACACAGAAAAAGUGACUGAUAUGCAAGCUAUGUUUGCUCGCGCUUCUGCGUUCAACCAAGACAUUGGGAGUUGGAACACAGAAAAAGUUACUAAUAUGAUAGGUAUGUUUGCUCGCGCUUCUGCGUUCAACCAAGACAUUGGGAGUUGGAACACAGAAAAAGUUACUAAUAUGAUAGGUAUGUUUAAUUCCGCUUCUGCGUUCAACCAAGACAUUGGGGGUUGGGACACAUCGCAAGUGACGGAUAUGGCAUAUAUGUUUGCUUCCGCGUCUUCGUUUAACCACGACAUUUCUUCGUGGACCGGAUCCGCAGCGACGUCAGCGCAAACUGACAUGUUUCUCGACGCAACUGCGUUUCAAGCGAAAUUUAAGUGCACCAACGAAAUCACCGGUCCGGCGAAUUCGUGUGUAGGUCCCUCGCCAAUUCCGGAUACAAGCUGGCAUGCUUUCGUCGGGGAUUGUUUGAUUGAAUCUGACGCGAUUGGAGAGACUGGAGAAUGUAUAGUCUGGGCUCGAUCGCAAAACGUUUGGUACGGGACGAUGCCGAAUUGGGAUACGAGUUUGGUGGAAGAUAUGAGUGGAUAUGAUGAAGGAAAUUUUGCUUUUCAAGGCUUUGGCAAAAGUACAUUCAACGGCGAUAUUUCGAAGUGGAACACAGGAAAAGUGACAAAUAUGUUUUCUAUGUUUCGAGAUGCUUCUGCGUUCAACCAAGACAUUGGGAGUUGGAACACAGCGCGAGUGACUAAUAUGGGAUAUAUGUUUCUUUCCGCUUCUGCGUUCAACCAAGACAUUGGGAGUUGGACCACAGCGCAAGUGACUUCUAUGGGAAAUAUGUUUGCUUCCGCUUCUUCGUUCAACCGAGACAUUGGGAGUUGGAACACAGAGAAAGUAACUAAUAUGCAAUAUAUGUUUGGUUACGCUUCUGCGUUCAACCACGACAUUGGGAGUUGGAAUACAGAAAAAGUAACUACUAUGCAUAAAAUGUUUCUUUACGCUUAUGCGUUCAACCAAGACAUUGGGAGUUGGAACACAGCGCAAGUGACUGAUACGAGACAAAUGUUUGCUCAAGCUUAUGCGUUUCAAGCGAAAUUUAAGUGCACCAACGAAAUCACCGGUCCACCGAAUUCGUGUGUAUUGAAGCAAAGCUACUGGUCCGCGUCCUAUUGUCCGCUAGGUUCAUGGGUGUAUAAUAACGACUACAUAACGCACGAAACGAAUCCUGGUUCCGUAGGUACACCGGAGGCGUGCAUCGAGUUGGUUCGCACGGAGUGUCCGACCGCCAAAAUCGCCAACAUGGGUUCAGAGGGUGAUUGUUGGUGUCAGUAUCACGACGGUUCAGUCACGGAAAUCGUAGCCACCGAUGAAAACAACUGGAUGGCUUGUCUUUUGACUUCUUCUCCCGAUCCAAUUCCAGAUGCGAGUUGGCAUACGUUUGUGGACAAGUGUUUAGACGAAGCUCAUGACACUGGGGAGUGCACUGCUUGGGCGUCUGGUAAUAACUACGGGACGAUGCCGAAUUGGGACACGAGUUUGGUGGAAGAUAUGAGUGGAUAUGAUGCAGAUUCUGUUUCUCGAGGCUUUGUCAGUAAAAUUACAUUUAAUGGCGAUAUUUCGAGGUGGAACACAGGGAAAGUGACUGAUAUGUGGGGUAUGUUUUAUUCCGCUUCUGCAUUCAACCAAGACAUUGGGAGUUGGAACACAGCGCAAGUGACUUCUAUGAGAGCUACGUUUAAUCGAGCUUCUGCGUUCAACCAAGACAUUGGGAAUUGGAACACAGCAAAAGUGACUAAUAUGAUAGGUAUGUUUAAUUCCGCUUCUGCGUUCAACCAAGAUAUUGGGAAUUGGGACACAGCGCAAGUGACUUCUAUGGGAAAUAUGUUUGCUUCCGCUUCUUCGUUCAACCGAGACAUUGGGAGUUGGAACACAGAGAAAGUGACUAAUAUGGAAUAUAUGUUUGAGUCCGCUUCUUCGUUCAACCGAGACAUUGGAAAUUGGAACACAGGGAAAGUGACUAGUAUGUAUCAAAUGUUUACUUACGCUUAUGCGUUCAACCACGACAUUGGGAGUUGGAACACAGAGAAAGUGACUACUAUGGAAUAUAUGUUUGAGUCCGCUUCUUCGUUCAACCAAGACAUUGGGGGUUGGAACACAGAGAAAGUGACUACUAUGGAAAGUAUGUUUUUAUCCGCUUCUGCGUUCAACCACGACAUUGGGAGUUGGAACACAGCGCAAGUGACUGAUAUGGAUUAUAUGUUUUAUCACGCUUCUGCGUUCAACCAAGACAUUUCCUCGUGGACCGGAUCCGCGGCGACGACGGCGCAAACUGAAAUGUUUAGAGGCGCAACUGCGUUUCAAGCGAAAUUUACGUGUACCGACGCCAUCACCGGUCCGGCGAAUUCGUGUGCGAUUCCAAAUUACGAUCAAUAUUAUAUCCUUGCUCAAAACACGUGCGAGUCGGAAGGUUACGUGACCAUCCUAAAUCUGAACCAGUGCCGCAUCGCUGGACGCGAAUUGUCCGGCGACGCUUCGAAGGGGUUUGCAGACGAUCAGCCGGCCAAUGGAUACGAUGAUACCGGCAGCGGCCGCACAGGUGGCUGCACUUUCCACAGUGGCAACGUGGACAACAAUCUUCAGUUCUUUCCAUUUGCUACUGGACCGUGUGGGACAGAUACUUUUCAUUGCGUGUGCGGAGCUUUCGCACCAAUUCCAGACGCGAGUUGGCAUACGUUUGUUGAAGAGUGUUUAUCCGAAGCUCCGGUAACUGGCGAGUGCACUGAGUGGGCGUCUGGUAAUAUUUACGGGACGAUGCCGAAUUGGGACGUUAGUCGAGUGAAUGAUAUGAGUGGCCAUAAUGGAACUGUAGUUCAAGGCUUUGGUGGUAAAAGUAUAUUCAAUGGUGACAUUACGAAGUGGAACACAGAAAGAGUGACUGAUAUGGGAUAUAUGUUUCUUUCCGCUUCUGCGUUCAACCAAGACAUUGGGAGUUGGAACACAGAAAAAGUGCAUACUAUGUAUUACAUGUUUUAUUUCGCUUCUGCGUUCAACCAAGACAUUGGGAGUUGGAACACCGGGCGAGUAGAUGCUAUGCGUGGAAUGUUUUGGUCCGCUUCUGCGUUCAACCAAGACAUUGGGAAUUGGGCGACAGAUAGAGUGGGCGAUAUGGCAUAUAUGUUUCGUGAAGCUUCUGCGUUCAACCAAGACAUUUCUUCGUGGUCUCCGUAUGGGGGCCCAGGGUUUCCCCCUGAAUUUCACUCUGGUAUGUUUUAUGGCGCUACCGCGUUCCAAGCCGCAUUCGAAUGCACCGAUCCCAUUUCUGGUCCGGUGCAAUCGUGCGUUCCUUCUCUUUCUCCGCCUCCUCCUCCUUUUCCGCCUCCAUCGCCAGCUAUUUACAUCAACGGAAUACAGAUUUUCCAAGAUUCAGACGGCUGGAUUUUGUUGCUCGCGUACAAUCACGUCGGCGGCGAAAACAACGAGCUCGUUUCCGGGAAGGCGCCGCUCUCGCCCACCGAAAGUUACUCGCACAUAUGGUUGAACGAUUUAAGCUUGACUGCAGAUGACGUCGACUCAGUUCGCUUCUAUUGCACGAGCUCGGGUCAUUCUCGCGUCGUGCACUUCGAAACGAGCAACAUUUGGGCGAAAUCGGCGCUCGUCACCGGUACGGCGACUGGAAAUAAAUUAUCGUAUUGGACGAGCGGGACGACCAAGUUUAGCGACCACACGGGAGUUACACCAGACCUAUCUGACGAAUUUUGGAGUUCUCUUAUAGAAUAUCCAUUCUUUAAAGCAAGCGAAAAUCAUUGGGCCAUUCGUGGCGAUGGUUCUCGAUGGGAAUGCGACGACGCGCCUUAUCAGACUGGCGCGCGCGACAGAUUCACUACCGUGCAUCAAAUAUGGUUCAAACAGCCACCGCUGACUCCAAUUCCAUCGGCAAGUUGGCACGCGUUUGUUGCAGAAUGCUUAGAACUUGAACCGGAAUAUGGCGAAUGCAUGAGUUGGGAUAAAGUAGGGACAUACGGGACGAUGCCGAAUUGGGACACGAGUUUGGUGGAAGAUAUGAGUGGUUAUGACUCUGAAACUGGAGCACAUCAAGGCUUUGGGUUUUUUAGAACCACCUUCAACGGCGACAUUUCGAAGUGGGACACCGCGCAAGUUACUGAUAUGAGAAAUAUGUUUGAUCGCGCUUCUGCGUUCAACCAAGACAUUGGGGGUUGGAACACAGAGAAAGUGACUACUAUGGAAAGUAUGUUUUUAUCCGCUUCUGCGUUCAACCAAGACAUUGGGGGUUGGAACACAGAGAAAGUGACUAAUAUGGAAAGUAUGUUUUUAUCCGCUUCUGCGUUCAACCAAGACAUUGGGAGUUGGAACACAGCGCAAGUGACUUCUAUGAAUUCUAUGUUUUAUGACGCUUCUGCGUUCAACCAAGACAUUGGGGGUUGGUACACACCGCUAGUGACUGAUAUGGCUUAUAUGUUUUGGUCCGCUUCUGCAUUCAACCAAGACAUUGGGAGUUGGAACACAGAGAAAGUGACUUCCAUGAAAUCUAUGUUUUAUGACGCUUCUGCAUUCAACCAAGACAUUGGAAGUUGGAACACGGCGCAAGUGACUUCUAUGAAUUCUAUGUUUGAGUCCGCUUCUGCGUUCAACCAAGACAUUGGGAGUUGGAACACAGCGCAAGUGACUGAUAUGGAAUCUAUGUUUUAUAUCGCUUCUGCGUUCAACCAAAACAUUGGAAGUUGGAACACAGAAAAAGUGACUUCUAUGGGAUCUAUGUUUGAGUCCGCUUCUGCGUUCAACCAAGACAUUGGGAGUUGGAACACAGAGGAAGUGACUGAUAUGUAUGCUAUGUUUUCUUCCGCGUCUUCGUUCAACCAAGACAUUUCCUCGUGGACCGGAUCCGCAGCGACGUCGGCGCAAACUGACAUGUUUCUCGACGCAACUGCGUUUCAAGCGAAAUUUACGUGCGACGACGCCGUCACCGGUCCGGCGAGUUCGUGCAAUACAAUCAAGAGCACUUGGGUUGCGCCUCCUCCUCCUCCGUCUCCUCCUCCUUCUCCUCCGUCUCCUCCUCCUCCUCCUUCUCCUCCUCCUCUUCCUCCUCCUUUAUCUCCGUCCCCACCGCCGCCGCCGCUCUUUUUAAAGAACAUGCUCGAAGAAACGAGCACGAAAAUCUACGCGCACGACGCUCGUCAAGGCGACAGUUUCGGCACGUCCGUAUCUUUGUACGACAACACGGCUUUAAUCGGAGCUUCCUUGGACGACGAAUCCGCCAGUUUUGAUUCCGGAUCAGUGUACAUCUUCACUCGGGCGCCUUCUCCUGCAAACGCGUCGAUUAUCGUGUGGACGGAGGAAACAAAACUCCGCGCGAGCGACGCGACGAAACACGCCGCGUUUGGUCAAUCCGUCUCGCUUUACGACAAUACCGCUUUGAUUGGCGCUCGUUACGACAAGACACAAGCGCUCGGCGCGGGUUCCGUUUACGUCUUUCAACGCACGUACAGUGACUCAAAUUCUGCGUCUUGGACGGAGCAAACGAAACUGUUCGCCUCGGACUUCAAAGAAGGUCACGAGUUUGGCGUUUCUGUUUCGCUGUACGACAACACGGCGUUGGUCGGCGCUUUAAAAGACGACGACGAGGCGGAAAAAGCUGGCGCGGUCUAUGUUUUCGCGCGAUCAUCUGAAGAAAAGUGGACACAGGCGAGCGCAAAGUUGUACGCCUCGGACGCGAACGCGGGUGAUUUCUUCGGUUCGUGCGUUUCUCUGUUUGAAAAUACCGCUUUAAUUGGCGCGUACUUACAAGACGACGGUGAGAAAUACGCCGCCGGAUCGGUGUACGCCUUUACUCGCACCUCUAUUUCCAGUUUGACGUGGACGCAGCAAGAAACAAAGCUUCGAGCGCCCCUUUCAGAAAUUGGUGGGUACUUUGGCGUUUCCGUCUCGUUAUACGGCGAUUCCGCAUUAAUUGGAGCGCACGGAAAAGACGACGUGGAAUCCGACGCCGGCGUUGUGUACGUGUUUACGCGCUCUCCCGAUGGAUCGUCAUGGACGCACCAGCUCAAACUAUCCGCCUCUGACGCCGCUGAGAACGAUCACUUUGGGAUAUCCGUUUCCUUAUACGGCACUACGGCGUUGAUUGGGGCUCGAUUUGACGACGAUAAAGGCGUCAACGCUGGGAGAGUUUACGUGUUUGAAGCGUCCUCCGAGCCGGCGGCGCCAUCGCCGCCGCCGCCUCGACCCGAGUUUUAUCUCGUCUUGGAUGGCGUGCAAGCGCACUGGGACGCUUCCGAUCUUUCGUCUCUCAAUGACGCUGCGACGUUGAGCUCGAGCGAUUGGGUAGACAAAAGCGGAAAUGAGCGCGGCGCGCUCGCUCCUUUGGGGACGGUGACCUAUCAAGCGACUGGUUUGAGCGAUACGUACCCGUGUUUGUAUCUCUCCGGGUCGAGUACCGGAUUAGAUACCGGCGGAGGAACGAACUACGUUCGGCAAACGAUAGUGAUGGUAUUUCGCUGGGAUGAAUGUAACUGUCUUGGGACAUGCGGUGAAGCUGUGCACUAUUUGUGGGAUUGGCGCGAUGAAUGGGGUUUGAGUUAUCUCCACGGCAAUCAUCAUAAUUCAGGAAGUUCCUCGGGGCCGUGGCAAAAUGGCGCGCGCUGGAUCAACGCCGAAGUAAAGAACAACUUCGACACCAACCAGUGCGCGUUCUUUCAAGGCACGACGUACCACGCCACCGAGCCUAUCGUGAUGAUUUGGGAAGCCGAGAGCCCGAAUACGGGCGAUGAUAUGACUUUAUUCGCUAAUUACCAAAAUAGCGAGAACGUCAGAGCGCAAGUCGCCGAGAUUCAAAUUUACGAUUCGUCGUUGUCGAAGUACGACAGACGGUCUCUCGAGUGCGGAUUGGCUGAAAAGUGGGGAAUUUCGGACGUUUCUGCUAAAUGCGAAGCGUCACCGCCGUUAACGCAAUCCGAAAUGUUGGAAACCAUGUACGAAGACGACGACGGCUGGCUUCUGUUGCUCGCGUACAAUCACGUCGGCGGCGAAAACAACGAGCUCGUUUCCGGGAAGGCGCCGCUCUCGCCCACCGAAAGUUACUCGCACAUAUGGUUGAACGAUUUAAGCUUGACUGCAGAUGACGUCGACUCAGUUCGCUUCUAUUGCACGAGCUCGGGUCAUUCUCGCGUCGUGCACUUCGAAACGAGCAACAUUUGGGCGAAAUCGGCGCUCGUCACCGGUACGGCGACUGGAAAUAAAUUAUCGUAUUGGACGAGCGGGACGACCAAGUUUAGCGACCACACGGGAGUUACACCAGACCUAUCUGACGAAUUUUGGAGUUCUCUUAUAGAAUAUCCAUUCUUUAAAGCAAGCGAAAAUCAUUGGGCCAUUCGUGGCGAUGGUUCUCGAUGGGAAUGCGACGACGCGCCUUAUCAGACUGGCGCGCACGACAGAUUCACUACCGUGCAUCAAAUAUGGUUCAAGAAAAAACAAUAG